AUGUGGCCCGAUGAACUCAACAGAAGGAGUAAGAAAGUACUUGAAACGACCUCAAAAGUAGCAGACCUGGAAACUUCUCUUCAGCAACGAUUACAAACACAGUAUCAUCAAAUGGCGCAGCAAAUGACUUGGUUUCUGAAGACAAUGCAGAAAAAUCUUCUGGCGUCUGGUAAACAGGCACGAACAUCGAAGACAUGUUUACAUGGAAAGAAUGGUAACUUUGGUAGUGUGAGUAUUCGACCAAGCAAAAUCCUCGAUGCCAAAAUCUUUUGA